UAUCGCGGGGGGUCAAAACGGGCGGGUGCCGAAGAAUUCCUUGUCACCCCUCCGCCACAGCCGCCAGAACUACAUCUCCCGCAAGCCGCGUCCACCCGCAAGGCAUUGUGGGAUAGGAAUGUGAAGGGGCUUACUUCUGUCUCCCGGCGCCGGCCCUCAACCUGUCCCCUGGUGCCUGGCGCGCGGCCGUGGUGCACGCUGGAAUACGCAGUCCGGACGCCCCCGGUUCCCUCCUUGCAACGCGCGCCACCGCGCUUCCUUCUGGGAAGCCUAGUCCGCCGCCGCCGGGCCCCUGAGUCACUGCUGGUACCAGGCGGACUGCAUCUCCCAGCAUGCCUCGCGUCGCGCCCGGUCCUGCCCGCCCGCCCGCUGCGGGGCAGGCUGGGAGCUGUAGUCCGAGGCCCGGCCCGGCCCGGCCCGGCGCCAAGGGAUGGGCGGGGAGCGACACUACCGCUCCCGUCGGCCCCCGCGGCGCCCCCGCCAAGCCCCGCCUCCGCCGCCGCGGCCGAGCCCGAGCCCGAGCCCGAGCAGGGCGAUCGGGCUCCACUCCAUACUGCCGCCAUGGAAGAGGAAGAGAAUUCCCCUCCCCCCACACGAGAGGACCCAACCGGGGGCAAUGAGGAGCAGGGGCACCCUGCUAGUGCCCCCUCGGACAGGGAGCUAAGCCAGCCAGGCCCCCUCUGCCCUGGCCAGGUCAUAAUGAAGGCCAUACAGCAAGUGGUGAGCUCCAGCUUCCAGGGCAAAUGGCAGGACCGGGCCAGUAAGAAAGAUCUUAAGAGGAAGAGGCUGAGCCGAAAGAAACGGUGCCGGAGCCCCCGAAUGGAGGGGCCCAGCGCAACCAGGGGGGGUAGCAUGGAUCCCACGGUUCCUGAGGUACCUGUCCCUGACCUGCUCUUCAGCAUAGCUAGAGACUUGGACUACCUGAAGCAAAAGUGGAUCCCCUUCCUGCAGAAACCCCUGCCCCUGGCAGCCACUGAGCAGUUCCUGGGCACUCCAGCCAUCGACAGGGAUGAGGAGCUGGAGGAGGUGGAGCUGGUGGCUGAGGUACGUGUGGGGGGCAUGGCGUCUGCAUCAGGUUUCUUCAGGAGAGAGAGACCCUGGAGAAUACAGAAGUCAGCCUGCCUCUUGGGAUCCAUGGCACCGCACUGGAUGGGAGCCAGGACCCCCCCAGCUGCCCCAGCCUUGCCCUCGGACUGCUCCAGCCCCCUCCCCUUGGACCUUAAGUCACUGCACAGGACUCAUUGGGGCGUGGACUUCCAGGCGGCCCCAUCCCCCGACGUGGGCAGGACUCAGCACCCCAUUGGUCCCUGUGGUGUGACCCUGGGCACCGGCGCAGGUGUCUCCACCGGGCAGCAGAGACCCCAGGCCCCAGCAGGCAGGGAUACAGAGGCCCAACGCUCCCAGCCACCCCCUGCCAAUACCUUGGAGAAAGCUGACUCGAGUUCCUCCUCUUCCUCAUGCUCUUCAUCGUCCUCAUCCUCUUCCUCCCAGCAGGCGGCACCCCCCAGUGGUGGGGGCAGCCACCCUUGCCCGCUUCGCUCUCCAGACCUGGAUAUUUAUGACCCCUUUCACCCCACUGAUGAGGACAACCCAGGCGGGGACUUUGCCUACGGGGACUCCCCCGGUAAGGAGGCGGAGGAGCGGCAGGACCAAAAAUACGACCCCUUCGAUCCCACAGGCUCCAAUCCCAGCUCCUCCCGCAGCAGCCCAUCCCCCGACGAGGAGGAGGAGGAAGAGGAGGAAGAGGAGGAGGAGACCUCUGCCCAGCCUGACAUGUCCCACAGCAUCAGCCGCAUCUCAGAGACCCUGGCAGGCAUCUAUGAUGAGAACAGCCUCAGCCAAGACUUCCCUGGCUCUGACAAAGGCCAGGAGGAUGCAGAGCCCAGUGAGACAGGCAGUAGGGGGGCACGCCCCGACAAGGCCCCUGCUGAGCCCUCAGAGGAGAAGGAGCAGCCCCCUGGCGCUGACUCAACCCUGCCUGAGGAGGAGAAUGGGUCUGAGCAGUCGGACACGGCCCCCGAGCCACCCCCUGAGCCACGGCGCCGUGUCUUUGUGGUGGACCUGGCCACCAAGAGCCGGUCGGAGGCUGAGGCCAACCCCAAGCUGGAAGGAAAAGUCUCGCUGGAGGUGGUGACAGCCGGGAACCCCAAGGCACCAGCUCGGGCGGCCAGUGGGGAGAAGGCCCCCAAGGGCGGGCGGCAUCGGGGUGGGCGGCGCACCUCACUGGAGUGGGGUGGCACCGAGGGCGAUUCGGAGAUCGAGGAAGGUGAGAUCGUGCAGCCUGAGGAUGAACGCUACAGCCCCAUCCGCCUCUUCCGCAACCGAUGCCGACCGGCAGAGCAGCGCCCCCUGCGGGUGCCAGAGGGUGACGACUUCCUGUCACUGCAUGCUGACUCAGAUGGUGAGGGGGCCCUGCAGGUGGACUUUGGGGAGAGCCAACCUGAUCCCCGCUGGAAGGGUGCUGACUUAAGGCGCAAGAUCCUAACCCAGCGGCGUGAGCGCUACCACCGUGACUCCCCCAAGCAUCCUGACUCCAAGUCCCACUCAGGCUCCAGCUCCGGCUCCCACAAAAAGGCCAAAAGGUCCCGGGAGCGCAAGGCAGCCAAGGCCAAGGAGCCACGCUCGGCCCCCUGGCCUGCCAAGAAGAAAUCCAAGUCACGCUCCAAGUCCAAGGAGCGGCGCCGCUCCCGCUCCCGCCACCGGGGCUCGCGCUCCCGCUCCCGCCGGCGCUCCCGUUCCUGGUCACCCUCCAUCAGCACCAGCCUGUCAGCCGUCGGCUCAGAUCGGCGGAAGAGCAGCCGGAGGUCCAAGUCACGGGAGAAGCGCCGGGGCCGCAGGUCACGCUCUGGAAGCAGUGGGCACCGGGCCCGGCACAAAGACAAACAUCGGGCAUCUGACAGCAGUGGCAAGAAGAAGAAGAAGCAGCGGUCACAUUCACGGGAGAAGAGGCCGUCCCACCGGACCUCACGGGACAAAGAGAGGGAGGUCCACCUGCUGGAGGAGCCCAAGGCAGAGAAGGUCUUGGUGGAGCGGAGGCGAGACACACGCACUGUGGUGCCCCCGUCCAUUCAGGACCUCAAUGACACCGACCUCUUCACCAUCAAGAGGACCAUCACAGUCAACCGCCAAGAGGGGACACCUGAGCCAGCCAAGCGUGAGGUUCUCUAUGACUCGGAAGGGCUGAGCUUUGAAGGCUGCUUUUCAGAUCGCGAGCCCCCUGAGGGGCCUCGGCACACGAGCUCCAAGGGAGAUGGAGGCCCAGUGGCCCGCAAAGACCGGCCAGAGGAGGAACCCAAGAGCAAGGCCCCCAAAGAGAAGGAGCGGAAGAGGGGGUACAUGGAGGAGCGUCCCAGUGCCCGUGACAAGUACAAGAAGAAGUUCAAAGAAGGACCAGGCCGGGCAGUACUGGAGCCCCCCAAGGUGGAGAAGGAGAAACUACGAGGGGAGCGGGACAAAGGGGCCAGGAAGCCCAAAGCCAGCCACAAGGAGAGCAGUAAGGGUGGCUCAGCCCGCAAGGUCAAGCUCCAGUCCAAAGUGGCUGUUCUGAUCCGGGAGGGCGUGAGUAGCACCACGGCUUCUGUUAAGGAAGUGGGCUCCAUCGGCGUCAAGUUCAGCCGGGACAAGGAGAGCCGCUCACCUUUCCUGAAGCCUGAGGAGAAGGUAGUGGUGGUGGACGCCAAGGGUGGCACUGUCAAGGCGGAGUCAGCUGAUGCCAAGGAACCCGGCACCAAGGUCAAGAAGGCCAAGGGGCUAAAGGCCAAGACAGGGCUGAAGAAGCUGAGGGCAGCAGGUGGGAAGACCAAGGGGGCCUCAGAGGCCAAGAAGAAGAAGAAGGUGAAACCCAAGAGCUCCCUCAAGAAGUCCAAGGCGGACAGCUGCAGCCAGGGUGCGGGCAGCCCCCUUCUCCAGGCCAAGGAGGAGCCAGCCUGGUCGGGCUCAGAGAAGUCGGGCGCCACAGGCAAGCCACCCAGCCCACCACCCAGCAAGCCUCCACCUGCCUCCACCGAGCAGGAACUGACGCCCGACUCUCAGACAGUGGACAGCAGCUGCAAGACGCCCGAUGUCUCCUUCCUGCCUGAGGAGGGGGCGGCUGCAGCCGUUGUGGUGGGCGAGGCCCAGAGGGCACCUGCACCAGGGGAGCCUGAAGCGGACAGCCGCACGGAGCCCAAAGAGGAGCCUGGGCGUGCCCUGCCUCCUGCACCUGCCCCUGUUGCCUGGAACUUGCAGGGUGGUGUGGACUGUGCCACCAGUGGCGUGCUGGCACUGACCGCCCUGCUCUUCAAGAUGGAGGAGGCCAACCUGGCGAGCCGUGCCAAGGCCCAGGAGCUCAUCCAGGCCACCAAUCAGAUCCUGAGCCAUGCCAAGCCCUCGAGCUCCCUGGGAAGUGCCCAGGUGCAGGUGCCCCCAGUCCAUCCACCUGCCCCACAUGCACCUGCCCCCUACCUGCUGCACAGCUCCCUGCCCCUGGUGGGCUGCAAUUCAGCCCCCUCGACCCCCACGGGACUCCCAGGCACUGUGGGGCAGGCCUCAGCUGGAGCCAGCACUGGGCCCCUCUUUGGUGGUCCCUCCAGUGCCGAGCUGGGCAAGCGGGAUGGCAGCACCAGCUCCGACGGGCGUGGAGACACUGAUAAGUAUCUGAAGAAGCUGCACACACAGGAGAGAGCGGUGGAAGAGGUGAAGCUGGCCAUCAAACCCUACUACCAGAAGAAGGAAAUCACCAAGGACGAGUACAAGGACAUCCUGCGCAAGGCCGUGCACAAGAUCUGCCACAGCCGCAGCGGCGAGAUCAACCCAGUGAAGGUGAACAACCUGGUGAAGGCUUAUGUGCAGCGCUACAAAUACUUCCGGAAACACGGGCGGCGCAUGGAGGAUGAGCCAGGGGGCCCCAAGGACCUCGGGGCACUGGACAAGGUCCCCCUGCCCAUGCCCCCCCUCUGAGCCUGCGCCUGGCUCCUGCCACUUCAGCGCCCCUUAGGCAACCACAGGACCCUCCCUAUCCCCCCUCAGCCUGGAUAUAUCGGUAAGGGGAGUGGGGGCUGAGAUCCCUGCCCCGUUCUCUGGGACUCUGAGCGGGGGGUCUCCACCUAGUUUUUGGGUCUCCCCUGGUGUUGGGCGGCUCUUAGACUCCGCCCACAAAAAGGUUUGGAGCAAGAAUAAUUUUACUCUGUAAAUACAUCUGGGCAGGAUGGAGGGGGAGGGGUGCCCUGGCUUUGGGGGACCCCCUCAACCCCUUGCCCCUGAGUUGUGGGGAGGGCUGAUUUCCAGGGAGGAGGGUAGGCCCCUCCCCUUCAUGUUUUAUUCAUUUUAGCAUGGUUUUAUUUGAAGCUUCCCUUCCCAAGGCGGGGGAUGAGGGGGGAAGUGUGUGUGGGGGAGGGAGCUGUCCAUUCCCUCACCACCUCCCCCAGGACUGUGCUCAAAGUAGGAGGCAGGGAUGAGCCCUUCUCUGCACCCCACCAGCAGCUGGUAAAACCCCCAUUUCUGUACAACCCUCCCCCUUUCCAGCCCCCGUCUGUCUCCUCAUAAACUGUUAGCCACUUG